GCCGCCAUAAAAGCGCCGGCAGCUCAUUGUGCGGAGUGAUCUGAUACGGACUACACCCAGCCGCCUCACUGCCCUGCCUGGCUUCCUUUGAUGCCCCAGCCUUGGCGUUGGACAACGUCGGAGUGCGGCACACAUUUCUUGAAUAUGUCUUGGCAAAGCUACGUGGAAAACCUGAUGGCCGAUGGCAGCUGUCAGGAUAGCGCCAUUGUUGGGUAUACGGACGCCAAAUAUGUUUGGGCAGCACAUGCCGGCGGUACUUUCAACAAUAUAACGUCUCAAGAAAUUGAUGUCCUUGUCGGUAAGGAUAGGGAGAGCUUUUUCACCAAUGGUCUCACUCUGGGCUCAAAGAAAUGUUCAGUCAUCAGAGACAGCUUCCAGGAUGAGGGGGACUGGACAAUGGACAUCAGGACAAAGAGCCAAGGAGGAGAGCCUACAUACAAUAUUUCUUUGGGAAAAGCAGGAAAAGUUUUGGUUCUUGUAAUGGGCAAAGAAGGGGUCCAUGGAGGUGGAUUGAAUAAGAAGGCUUACUCAAUGGCAAAAUACUUGAGGGAUUCAGGAUUUUAAUGUUUUCAAGCUUGUUCAGAUAAAAUUGAGGGACAAAAAAAGAAGAGAACAGAAAUAUUGCUGUUAACAUUUCUCCUGCAAGCAGUCAAAUGUCUUGGAAACUUUUUAAUAGCAAUGAAGAGUGGUAAGAUCCUGUGUCACCUUUGUCCCCCCCUUUAUCCUGUAGGGGGGAGACUCUUCCUUCAAUUUUGUUCAUUUCUCUUUUUUUUUUCCUUGUGCUCCAGUAUUGGUUUUAGUCAUGGCAAAGGAUGGGGUCCAUGGUGGAAUUCUUAACAAGAAAGCAUAUACAAUGGCUGAUUACCUGAGGAAGUCUGGAUACUGAGCAACCUCUCCACCCAUCCAUCAACUUAGCAGCUUGCUCGCACUCAACCGCAUUGUCGACACUACUUCCAGCAUUAGAAGGCAUACAAAAUUACUUUAUCCACAUUCUUUUAUAUACUCCACCCUGUUUUUUUUGUAUGAAAACCCCCCUCCCCAUUUGAGCAUUAUACUUCUCAUAUUUUGGGCAUGACAGUAAUGGCAUGUUCUUGCUCAAAUUUUGCAAAGUGUAAUACAAAUGUUAAAUCUGAACUCACGUGGUGCAAAAUUCACUAAGCAGCUGGCUCAUAUUUCAAGGGGAAGUCCACAUGUAAUGUUGCAUAAUUGGUGAAGAAUAAAGCUUUUUUCUUUUUCAUUUUAAGCAUCAUUAGAAUAUGCCAUUUUUCCCAUCAGCAUGUGGGCAUUUAAAAGUUGCAUGCACACCUCUUUAGCAUACAGAUCCCACUCCUCAUCUCUCUGUCCCAGCAUUAUAUUCCAGCCAAAACCAUCUUCUCACCUGCCUCCAUCUCCCAAGUCGUCAUAGCCUUCAUUUAAGAAAUGACAAAAUUCCUCUGACAAAGUCCUGUAUGUGUGUUCCUGCUCACCACCGCCAGGCACAACCUCUGUUACCCACGUCACAUGCUUUUGCUGUUGUACCUGAAUGUGGUCUUAGAAGUUAAUGAUGUGGUGUUGGGCUGUUUUCUGAGUGAAGUGUGUAAGGUCAGCGAUACUGAGGCCUCUAGAUGUUAAGAUGCUUCCACACGUCCUAGAGUCCCAGACAUUCCACCUCUGCAACAGCUCGGACAUUUGUCAGUCAGCUCCUGCUACAUGUUUCUUCCAUCCCCUUUGGACCAAUUGUCAGUGUAAGAGGAUUAUCAGAAUGACUUGAUCUUUUUCAGAUGGAUGAUUGUUGGAAUUCACUGUUAACUGUAAACGAUUGACAACUUCCGAUGACUGUACAACAUUUAACUGCUUCUUUAGACUUCAGCACUACUUAAAAAACUUUUUGCCACUAAUUUGAACUGUUGCUAACUUCAUGUCCAUUAAUUGAUGAAAUGGCAAUUUCAUUUUACUACAUUAUAAAUGCAUUUUGAGUGUAAACCCAGGCUGUUGGGCUCCAGCACCUUGGGAUUAUUUGCCUUGUGCUUUAGACAUCAAAGGUGUAUUCUCACAAUGUCAUAGUAUGGUACUUUGAAGUAUAUUUAAAAGAAAAUUAACUGUGUACACUAAACAUUGAAAAUGGUGUUGGUUGGAAUAAGAACAUUUGUAAGUUGUCUUGUGAAACUUUUCUGAAAAUAACUGUGUAUUCUGUGCCAUAAAAAUCAAUCCGAUCUGUUGCUACUAUGAGAUGGAUUUUUAAUUGCUUCCCCAGCAAGAAGUAACUUUUAAUGGCACUUUCCCAAGGGAUGUUUUGGCAUCGGUGAUCUCAAGAAUUGUGGAUUAUG